AUGUCUAGUGUCGACUGCAGAAUCGCCGAAUUAAACGACCACAACAACUGCUCUGAGCUUCCGACCAGUGAUCACAGUUACUACGCUGAAGUUGCUAGGGAGCAUCGAAUAUCUCUGAAUCCUCCGAAAAGAGCCUCUCAUACUUCACGCAAAGUCAUGCAUGAGCAUCUUGAGCCAAUCACUACCCCAAAGUCAACACCGUAUUACACCGCAAACCAGCUCUUCCAAAUUGCUCCUGGUAUGACUCUUGAAGAUAUUUCGCCUGUAUCUUCCGAGCAAUCGCCAUUGACGCCAAGUUCGAUUGCGACUUCCAACACACGGCGACAGUCGAGUUUUCACUACGGCAUACCCCCAUUGACUCGGCACCAGAUGCCACAGCCAGCGAUAAGCCAAGAUGUGCAAGUAUCACCAGCCUCAGACCAUUUCCAAAAUUAUCCAUAUAGAAUGGAGCCUGAAUCACACCAACGAACCAUGAGGACUUCUUUUCAUACUGCUUCGUCCACGGCUGGAUUCGUAUACGGUUCCGAUACCGCCGGCCUGCCACAGACAUGUUUUCUUUCUUCUAAUGGCGCGCCCGAGUAUUCUAGACCAAGCCACGAUCUGCCUCCAUAUAUUUACCCGCCUUCACCACAUAUUCAAGGAGGCUCGAACCUCUGCGACAAAACCGCUCGGUAUUACGAAUAUGAAUCGAGUCCUAGGACAUUCAAUCAUGCGUAUAAUUCAUACUAUAACGUCAAUGUUGGUCAGUGGACUUCGUCAGCAUCUGCAUAUCCUCUAGAUGAGAAUAAAGCCAAAUGUAAUGUGCCAGAUAUCUCCACUGCAUGCGAAUCCGGGAAGGUUCUCUCGAUAGCCUGUGAGAUGUGCGGUGCCAUGUUCAAUGGUCGGUAUGUCGGUACGACUGCGAUCAUGUCAGACGAAACUUGCUGA